AUGGUUUCUAAAGACAAAGCCAGCCUGCGUGAUGUACUGCCACCUGCCGAGGGAUCGUCUCGACCACCUUCUCUGAAAGGGAAUUUCAUCCUCCAGUCCCGUAAGAAAAACACGACUCGUCUCGGUCGUCCCCCCACUCAGGAUGUUCAUGAUAACCAACCAUCCGUGUUUACGUCUCGUCGCUCAGAAAAGGUUACAAAGAAAUCCAGACUUGAUCAGUCAAACCCAAAGGAGCCUGUAGCAGCGCUGGCGCUGCUUAAUACGCCAACAAAGUCACAAAGCAUUCCCCGGGCAGGACUGAGGACACUGUUGAGUAAGUCAACAACACCAGACUCAUAUGUCACCAAGCCCGUCCUGACCGCAGGUCCCCGAAGACAACUGUUUUAUGAUCAAUUCAAGACGUAUAAUCCUCAUACUCAACGGAAUGAAGGUGAUGAUGCCGCUAUCCCAUUGGUAGUGCCUGAGAAAAUCACAAUUGAGAGGCCUGAUGGUGGCAAUCAGAGAACCAUCGAUGCAAUGCAACCUCUGGAAAUUGAUCUUCUUCUACAUCUUGUUCAGGAAUAUUCGCCUACCGACGGGGGUGACCAACGUUGGCAUGAUGAAUUUCGUCGAGCAUUUAUCAAACGACUCCGCGAGCUCAACGACCUUCACAUCACCAAUUAUUUGCUUGAUAAACAAGCCUACGCCUACGACAAUCAAAAACGGAAUAUUGGAGCAGAGCUUACGGAGGUUCGUUCGAGUCAGGAUUCGACUAAACGAGAUAUUGCAAGCAUAACCAAGGUAUUUGAAUCGGCUGAGCGUGAUUACCACCAAGUCAAAGGUAUUGCCCAAGGUUUGAAGGCUCUCAAUAAUUUGGAAGCGGAUGACACUCCUCCUAACCACAUCAUUGGAGCGGAACAAGCUGUUGCGGAUGCUACAAAAGUCUACCAUCCAACGAGAGGGCUUAAGCGGACUUUACAACAAGUAAACGAGCACCUUAAACAAAUAUAA